AUGCCUGUCGAUCCAGCCAAACUUGCCAAACUUAAGAAACAAUCUGCCAAGAGAGUGGGUGGCUCUAGAGUUAAGGCCAAGAAGGUCCAAAAGAACCCCGAGGGAGACGACACAAAGCUUCAAAAUGCUCUAAAGAAGUUAAACGCUCAGGUUUUGAACGAUGUUGAAGAGGCUAACUUUUUCAAGGAGGAUGGUAAUGUUUUGCACUUCAAUAAGGUUGGUGUUCAGGCUGCACCAAUUUACAAUACCUAUGCUUUCAGUGGUUUUGCCCAAGAGAAGAGUGUUACCGAGCUUAUCCCCGGUAUCUUACCUCAGCUUGGUGCUGAGAAUUUGUCCAUGCUCCAGAAGAUUGCUCAGCAGUUGCAGGACAGACAAGCUGCUGCUGGAAAUAAGGAGGAAGAAAAGGACGAGGACAUACCUGAAUUGGUUGAGGGUGAGACUUUUGAUAAGGCAGAUAUCGAUUGA